UAAUUUUUCAAAAUUUCUGUUUCCUUGUCUCUAUAAAACAAAUAUCAUGGCCGCGCUUGUGAUUUUGUUAAUUCGUGUCAGCUUAUGCAUAUUUUUAUUGCUGAAUGGAGUCGAAGCCGGCAGACAAGCUAGAAUUUCUGGAGGGGAAGAAGUCAGCAUUAAGGAUGUUCCCUAUAUGGGCACGCUGCGUAAACUCCAAAAUGAAUCAAUGUCAGCUGGCAGCGGAUUUAUUUGUGUUGCAACUGCUAUUCAGAAUCGUGUGCUCAUCACAACAGCUUUUUGUAUAUAUAGGCAAACGCGAGAAAAUAUAGUGGCUGUAAUAGGGAAUACGUACAUAAGAGGCUUAAGUCCAACGAUGAAAGUGCUGAAAAUCGCAGAUUGGCGAUGGCAUGGCUUGUAUAAAUAUAACGAAUGGGCUUACGAUAUUGCAUUGGUCUUUACUUCUCAAGAUAUAGUACCCGUUAAAGGAGUCAUUGAAUAUCUACCUAUUACCCAAGGAGUAUUUCGACCGAAUACCAGAUGCAUAUUUUGCAGUUGGGGUGCAGAUACUACUGCUGCCGUCUUGCAUAAUGCUCCUUAUAUUGCACUAAGACGGACUACCAGCAAAAUGGAGUGUUAUAAGCGCUCUCUUGCAGCGGGUGUGAUGUGCACCUACGACUUGGCGCGAGUCGUUGAUAUAAACAGAUUUGACCUAGGUGGCCCAUUGAAAUGCAACAAUACACUUGCGGGUGUCCUCCUCGGAAACACUAGCGACGAAUAUAUGCUGUUCACCGAUAUAUAUAUGUUUAGAAAAUGGAUAAACGCGGGCAUUUACAUGCAUUUCAACGGAAUUGUGGCACUACGAGCGAGUUGCUUUCAGUGGCACGUGGCUGUGGCCAUUGCCGUUUACUUGAUCAUCAGCUGACAGUCUGGAUGACAUAUACACGACUUUGAUUUUAAAUUUGUAUUAAAAUUUACCUGCUG